AUGACACCGCACGCCGAUGACCCAUCUACUCCAGCCAAUGGCAGAUACAACGGCCCUUAUAAAGGCCACCAAACGAUCGGACACGCGAACAACGGCGUCAGGCAUGCCCCGUUAAGCGGAGGGAAGAGCCGUUCGCAUCUCCGGUAUACGGCAGAGACCGAGCUACACGACCUCGUCUGCGUCGGAUUUGGCCCUGCAUCGCUCGCCAUCGCCGUUGCUCUGCAUGAUGCGGUGGAUGGAGCUGAAGGGGCCUCUGGACUUCCUAGCCUGCAUGGAAGCCCUCCAAAGGUUGUUUUCCUUGAGAAACAGCCGCAGUUUGCGUGGCAUGCAGGCAUGUUGCUCGAGGGCGCCAAGAUGCAGAUUACCUUCCUCAAGGACAUGGCAACCCUACGUAACCCUCGAAGCGAGUUUACUUUCAUCAACUAUCUGCACAAGAACAACCGGCUGGUGGAUUUUACGAAUCUGAGCACCUUUCUCCCGCAGAGGGUCGAAUAUGAAGACUAUAUGCGAUGGUGCUCGAAAUGGUUCGACGAGGUUGUGAGCUACAGUCAGGAAGUCGUAGAAGUGCUACCGGAGAAGACUACUAAAGGGGAGCAUUCUGUUCCCUCUUUCACGGUUGUAUCGAGAAACAUCAACACUGGAGAAACGACUACCCGGCGGACGCGUCACGUGGUCAUCGCAACAGGUGGGAGGCCUCAAAUUCCAAGAUCAUUGCCUCAGUCGCAUCCGCGAGUGAUCCACUCGUCCCAAUACUCUCUUACCAUACCUCGGAUCUUCCGAGAUCCUCAGCAUCCCUACAGAUUCGCAAUCAUCGGCGGUGGUCAGAGUGCCGCUGAAAUUUUCGAGAAUCUCAACUCGCACUACCCAAACUCGACCACACGGCUGCUGAUCAAGCAUUCGGCGCUGCGACCUAGCGACGACUCGCCGUUCGUCAACGAGAUCUUCAAUCCAUCUCGCGUCAAUGACUUCUACAAGCAGUCCGCUAGCAUUCGUGCCGCUUCGAUCGCCGAAGACCGCAACACCAACUACGGCGUUGUGCGGCUCGAGCUCCUGGAACGUAUAUACGAGGAGCUGUACAUCCAGCGCAUCCGCUACGCCAGCGAGGAAGACUGGCCUCGCCGCAUCCUCCCUCACCGAACCGUGACGGCUAUCGAUGAUUCUCCGGUCCGCAAGGGUGGCGUGCGACUGCAUGUUCAUAACGAGAGUGGCAACUUCCUCGUCGAUGGCGCUCUGGGUGACGAGGUGAUGGACGUCGAUGCUGUGCUCGUUGCUUCGGGCUACAGGCGUGAUGCGCAUGAGGAUAUACUGCAGAACGCUAGGCAUCUUAUGCCUGGCGGCGACCGGCCUGACAACAACUGGACAGUGGGUAGGGACUACAGGGUUGAGUUUGAAAAAGGAGCUGUUGCUUCUGAUGCGGGCGUUUGGUUGCAGGGUUGCUGCGAGAGCACCCAUGGUUUGAGUGAUACCCUCCUUUCCAUUUUGGCCUGCAGGGCUGGACAUCUCGUGGAUUCCAUUUUCGGCAGCGCUGUCAAUGAUGGCGACGCGAUUCUUGAGGGAAACGGCGUUAAUGGUCACGCAGAGACCAACGGUGUCAAUGGACAUGUCGAGACGAACGGCAUGGCCCUAACCAACGGUGUUCACUAG